AUGUCACCGCCGUCGAAGCGCAGGACCCUCGCGAACGUGACCGUUGAGGACGCCGAUGCCCUGGACUGCGCCGUCUGCUACCUCCCGCUGAAGCCGCCGAUCUUCCAGUGUGCGGUGGGUCAUGUGGUGUGCUCGACGUGCCGCGACAAGCUACUCCAGACGGCGGAGACGUGCCACGUGUGCCGCGCUCCCACCACCGGCGGCUACCGCCGGAAUCACGACAUGGAGAGAUUGGUGGAAGCCAUCCGAGUGCCGUGCCCCAACGCCGACUACGGCUGCGCCGCCACACCGGCGUACUACCGCCACGGCGACCAUCUCGCGAGGUCCCCGCAUGCGCCGUGCCACUGCCCGGUUGACGUCUGCUGUUUCGCCGGUUCACCAGCGGCGCUUCUGGACCACUUCACCGGCUUUCACCACUGGCCGUGCACCGAUGCUCAGGCCUGGGUAGAAACCGAUGUGCAUCUCCGUGACGGAUUCAACGCCAUUAAUCUCCAUACCAAGGACAAGCAGUACCUGUUCCUGCUAAACGUGGAGCGGAACCCGUUUGGGCGCGCCAUCUCCGCUUUCUUCUUAUAUCAUGAUGAUAACAACCCCUCCUACGGGUUGGACGUCUUCGUGGAUCUCGAGUACUCUCAAGGCAACCCCGUCCCUCUUCGCUCGCGCAGCCACAGCCAGGAAACAAGUUUUACAGUAGUACCCACUGAUCUCUCCGGUGGGUUACCCAGGUCGGAGGACUGUUUCCAGGUCUUCGUGCCCAAAUCCGCUCAGCCACUUGACAUGGAUACUGUUACUAUCAACGUAACCAUCGACCUGUCUUAUGUAGGUUCUAAAUUAGAAUCACCACAAUGCUCUCCAUAG